AUGGCUUGGGAUCAUCUCUCAAUCACCAAGCCACAUUUGGUGUAUAUCAUCCUCGGUGGUUUUACCUCACUUUUCAUGUUAUGCUCCUCCAUUAUCAAGGAGCGCAUGUACAUUGGUGAAGCUACCGUGGCUACGAUAUGUGGACUCAUUUUUGGCCCUCAUGCUGCCAACCUCAUUGAUCCCCAAACAUGGGGCAACGUUGAUGAGGUUACUCUCGAGUUUUCGAGAAUCGUACUUGUGGUGCAAUGUUUUGCCGUCGGUGUCGAAUUGCCCAAGUUCUACAUGGAGAAGCACUGGAAAUCCGUCGUGUUUCUCCUGCUACCCGUCAUGACCUUUGGUUGGCUAAUCACAAGCUUAUUCAUUUGGUGGAUGGUCCCCACGCUGAACUGGCUGGAAAGUCUUACGGUUGCAGCCUGUGUCACGGCUACUGAUCCCGUCUUGGCUUCCUCCGUCGUCGGUAAGGGAAAAUUCGCCAAACGUGUGCCAAAGCAUUUGCGAGACUUGCUUUCCGCCGAAUCGGGAUGCAACGACGGCAUGGCUUUUCCAUUCAUCUACCUCUCCCUGUAUCUUAUUCAGGAGCACCUCGACGCCAAGCAGACCACGUACCACUGGCUUGUCUAUACAGUUUUGUACGAAUGUAUUUUUGGUGCCAUUUACGGUUUUCUGAUUGGAUACUUUGCGCGACACGGAAUCAAGUACGCAGAAAAGCACGACCUGAUUGAUCGAGAGAGUUUCCUCGUCUUCUACUUCACCUUGGCCUUAUUCUGCGCCGGAUCUGGCAGCAUCCUGGGUGUCGACGAUUUGCUUGUUGGUUUCGCAGCCGGUGUCGGCUUCUCAAACGACGGAUGGUUCUCGUCCAAGACGGAGGAGUCGCACGUCUCCAACGUUAUCGAUCUUCUCAUCAACUUGGCCUAUUUUGUCUUUCUGGGUACAAUCAUUCCAUGGGACCAGUUCAACAAUGCCGAUCUGGGACUCACAGCUUGGCGACUGGUUGUUAUUGCCAUUUUUGUGAUCCUGUUUAGGCGCAUCCCCAUCAUGCUGGCACUGAAACCAUUCAUACCGGACAUCAAAACAUGGCGAGAAGCUGUCUUCGCGGGACAUUUUGGCCCAAUCGGAGUAGGCGCCAUUUUUGUCGCCAUUCUUGCCCGCGCCGAGUUGGAGACCGAAACCACGAUUCCAUUGGCAGAACUGCCGCCCGAAGAUCACGAACACUACCACCUCAUAGCCCUUGUAUGGCCCAUUGUGACAUUCAUGGUGGUUGCAUCGAUUGUAGUACACGGGUCGUCUGUCGCUGUUUUUACCCUCGGCAAGCGCAUCAAUACGCUCAGCAUCACCAUGUCUUACACGGCAGCUCCAGAGGACGGUCCUUCCUGGAUGAAUCGCUUGCCAAGAAUCUCGUCGCAAUCGAGGUCCCAGGCCCGAACUACUGAUUCAGAUUAUGAUGACCUCAAAAUGCCUGAAUAUCCCCCCGGUACCUUGCCACCAACAGGACUGCCUGGUCAAUUCUUGCGACGACAGAGGGAAGAAGACAACCCAAGUAGAACGCAUAGCCGGACUGGUAGUCGCGCGUCGUCACGUCGGCGAUCACGAAAGAAGUGGGAUGCUGGCAUUGGCCCUGGUGGACCUGUGUCUGAGUCUGCCAUUUUCCCGCAACGACGAAGUGCCAGCGGAAUCUCAGAACCCAUGUCGCCGACUUCACCUAGUGGAAACCUUGAACCAGGAACUCAGGAUACCUCUGGAAUGCUCACAGAUGAUGAGACCGCACACAGCCAGAUGCGCGAGAAGGGAUCACAGUCCUCACAAGAUUUUGACAAGGACCCCGAGAAGGCUGAUGAUGGCGAGUCCGGGGAAGAUGCCGGCCGUCAAAGUGAACGUGGCCGCCAGCAGGCACCCGAGGUCGAAAUUUACGACGAAGGCGAUCACAUCGUUGUUGAGGAUGAGGAGGGCCAAGUUCUUGCUGUCGAGCCGGGCAAGACGCAGCAUCAUGAAGCUGGCGAGGUGCUUCAUAGCAUCGAGGGGCUAAAGGAGAACGCCAAGCAGGAAACGUCGAAACCCGGCUGGACCUACGAAUCUUUGAAGAAGAGACUGGUGGACUUCAAGGAUGAAGAAGUACAGAAGAGAAAGGCUAAGAGCAGUUCGGAGCGGAAACACGCGCCCGCCCGCGCCUACCAGUUCGGAAACACUAUCAUUGUUGAGGACGAAGAUGGAGAGGUUGUAAAGAAGUACGAACUGCCGUCCCAGAAAGAAGAGGGACAAGGAGGCAAUGACUUGAUGGCUGCCAGUCUCAAAUACAUGGGAAUGGGCGGUCUGGUCAAGCAAAACCCCAAGCCCAAGGAGCAAGGCGGCGAGUCGGCAGCAGGACCAAGCGAAGAUCGACCCAAGCCGCCGGGCAGACAGUCAACCUUGACCAGCUGGGCCGCGUUCAACAAAUCAGGAGCGGGUGAAGCUAAAAAGAAGAAUAAUGCUAAUACUGAGGGGCAAGAUCUCAAUGAGGAGGAAGACGACCACAAGAUCAGAUUCACAAUCGGCGGCGAAGGCCGAAGAAUGAACAAGGAGGACUUCUUGAACGAGGUUCGGAAGAUGGACGCACGCACCAAACGCCAAGUGCUCGAGAAUUCGGAUGCCCCAGCCGCAAUCCGAACGCUUGCUACGAAGCAGCAGAGUGGCGCCCCAAAUAUUACGAUUUCUGCCCCCAAUUCCGGCCCUAGCUCUGGCGUGGCAACACCAUCGUCGGCCACAAAAACCAACAAAAGCUCCGACGUCAAGAUCGCUGGCGCUAACACACCACGCGAGAGCAGCAAUUCUCCGGCGAGGGCCGAGCCUUCUAGAGGCCGAUCUACCACGACCUCCAAGCCAGCGACUGAGAAGUCGCCGGUUGGUCGAUCAGAGGGUGCCAUCAGUGACACACCCGAGACAGCCGUCGAGCGGCGCCGUAGGCUGGCUGCAUUGUCUGGCAUGCGUUCAGAGGAAGAGUCGCGGGGAGAACAGGAAACACCGGCUGAGAGAAGACGGCGCGAGGCAGCUUUGGGCCUGGGCAGCCCAGGCGCUGAAGAUAGCGACAGCGAAGAUGACGAUACACCCCGUGUGCCUCCUGCGAGACGUGGUAUAAGGUUCGCAGACGCUCCGCCACGAGGACAAAAAUAG